UAGACGGUCGCCAGUCAAAUGACGUAUGGAACGUGUUUGCAAAAAGGUGUAUUGCUAAAGGAUCAUUGGUUUUCGCCAUAAUGAAAACACAUUGUGCACAGGAAGCUACCAUACACAAAAUCAAGGUUUGGCUGUGAGACCUUCGUUAACAGUGAGAUAACCACCCGGACGUGGCCGAGGGUUGUUUCAUAUUAUUGAAUAGAAGGGUUUGGUGAUCGUGGGAAAGCUGAGUGGAGCAAGGAAACGCUAUGGCGUCUGCAUCUGCCAGCGUGGAUUCCAAGGCAGAGCUGACUGCUCUUUUGGAAAAGUGGGAGACCGAGCAGCAGUUCAGCACAGAGGAGCUGGUUGAUAUCCUCACAAAAAUCUCAGAGUUGGUAGAAAGAGAAACCGAGGAAUACCACAAAGCAGAUCCAGAUCCCUUUGAUGACCGACAUCCUGGGAGAGCUGAUCCAGAAUGUGUAUUAGGACAUCUACUUAAAAUCCUGUUCAAGAAUGAUGAUUUCAUGAAUGCUCUGGUCAAUAGCUAUGUGAUGAUUAGCAGAGAGCUUUCCCUUAACACAGCGGCCUGUCGUCUGCUGCAGAACAUCAUGCCUGGCCUGGAGACAGCUGUGGUUUUUCAAGAAAAGGAGGGGAUAGUUGAAAAGCUGUUCAAUUGGGCACAGGAAGCUGAGCAGCCUCUUAGGAUCUAUGCCACUGGCCUUCUGGCUGGUGCCAUGGAGAACCAGGACAUCGCUGCCAACUAUAGAGAGGAGAACUCUGUCCUGGUACCACUGAUGCUGCAGCGGCUGCGGGAGCUCCAAGAGAAGGAAGCAGAGAGCAAGCAGGAGUUCAAGCGGCCCAGUCCCAGGAAGAGCCUGAGCCAGCCGCUGCUCCCUCUGGAUGAGGAAGCCGUCGACGGGAGAUUUGAGGACAUGCCCUUCAGGUCAGGCAGAAACAGGGUGUCCCAGCGGCAGGAGGAGAAGGAGGAAGACCACGCAGCGGAAAAAUCGUUAUCUGCCGCCGUCGAGGUGGAAAAGGACGUGUCCUUCUAUCUCAGCUCCCCUCACAGGACCAGCAGCCGCACCAACUCUAUGGUGAAGACCAUGAUGAAGCCCAUCUCUGCACCCGUCUCCGUGACGCACCAGGACAUGCUGGAUGGCAGCGGAUACCUGAAGAGGAAGGCAGAGAUGGAGGGCGGCAAGAAGGCCAAGCAGAAGCUCCAUUACUCGCUGCCCGACCCGGAGAGGAACUUCAAUGAGCUCUCCAAUAGCAGCUGGUCUGAGAUGAGCCCCUGGGUGAUCGGCAACAACUACCAUCUGUACCCACUUACCCCCGAGAUAGAGCAGAGACUCAUCCUACAAUACCUCACACCCCUCGGCGAAUACCAAGAGCUGCUGGCUGUGUUCAUGCAGAUGGGCGCCCGUGAGCUCCUGAUGCACUACAUGGACCUGAAGCAAACCAACGACGUGCAGCUCACCUUCGAGGCACUCAAGUACCUGGCGUCCCUUCUGCUGCACAAGAAGUUUGCAGCAGAGUUUGUUGCGCAUGGGGGGGUGCAGAAGCUUCUAGAAAUCCCUCGGCCGUCCAUGGCGGCGACGGGAGUGUCUCUGUGUCUUUACUACUUGGCCUAUAACCAGGACGCCAUGGAAAGGGUGUGCAUGCUGCCGCCCUCCAUCCUGUCGGACGUGGUGGGCUACACCUUGUGGCUGCUGGAGUGUUCCCACGCGUCGGGCUGCUGCCACGCCACCAUGUUCUUCUCAAUCUCCUUCUCCUUCCGGGCCGUCCUGGAGCUCUUCGACCGGCAGGACGGCCUCCGGCGCCUGGUCAACCUGAUAAGUACACUGGAAAUCCUGAACCACGAAGACCAGGGGGAGCUGCUGAGUGACGAUGAGAUCUUCUCUAGCCGGCAGACGGCCAAGCACACCUGCAUGGCCCUGCGCAGGUACUUCGAGGCCCACCUGGCCAUCAAGGUGGAGCACGUCAAGCAGUCCCUGCAGCGCACAGAAGGGGGCGCCCCUGUCCACUCCCAGCCUUACUACAAGGCGGUGAGCUACACCCACGAGCAGGUGGUGGAGAUGAUGGAGUUCCUCAUCGAGUAUGGCCCGCUGCGGCUCUACUGGGAGCCCGCCGAGGUCUUCCACAGGCUCUCCUGCGUGCAGCUCCUCCUGCAGCUCAUAUCCAUCGCCUGUAACUGGAAGACCUACUACGGCAGGAGUGACACAGUCCGGUACGCCCUUGACAUUCUCAGCAUGCUGACUGUCGUCCCCAAGAUCCAGCUGUUAUUGGCUGACGCCGUCGCUGUUCUCGCUGAGGGGGGGGCCAGUGUGUCUACUGUCGGGAUGAGCAUCGUCCUGAUGGUGGCCGAGGGCGAGGUGUUUGUCAACGACGCCGAGAUCCAGAAGUCUGCCCUGCAGGUGGUCAUCAACUGUGUCUGCGCUCCGGACAAGCGCAUCUCCAGCAUCGGCAAGUUCAUCGCCGGCAGCGCACGGCGGCGCCUCCCGCAGCAGACCAAGUCCAGCGAGAGCGUCCUCACCAAGAUGUGGAACGUGGUGCAGUCCAACAACGGCAUCAAGGUACUCCUGUCCUUGCUCAUGGUGAAGAUGCCCAUCACGGACGCGGACCAGAUCAGAGCCCUGGCCUGUAAGGCCCUGGUGGGCCUGUCGCGCUCCACCUCGGUGCGGCAGAUCAUCAGCAAGCUGCCCCUGUUCAGCAGCGGACACAUCCAGCAGCUCAUGAAGGAGCCCGUGCUGCAGGACAAGCGCAACGAGCACGUCAAGUUCUGCAAGUUUGCGGCGGAGCUGAUCGAGCGGAUCUCCGGCAAGCCCCUCCUGAUCGGCACCGACGUGUCGCUGGCCUGGCUGCAGAGGGCCAACGUGGUGGCCCAGUCGCGCAUCUCCUUCCCCGAGAAGGAGCUGCUGCUGCUCAUCCGCAACCACCUGGUGGCCAAGGGCCUGAGCGGCACGGCCAACACCCUGACCAAAGAGGCCGACCUCCCCAUGGCCAUCCUCUGCCACCUGGCCCACCCGACGUCCGCCAUCCCCCCCGUCACCCCCCAGCCCGCCGCCGCCGCCUCGUCCGUCGCCACCCUGCCCCGCGCGCCGCGGCUGGCCAACGGCGUCCCGGCGCGGCACGCCUCCACCACCAUGUCGGUGCAGACGCAGACCCGCCCCUCGGCGUCGCAGCUCACGGCCGCCGCCUCGCCCGUCUUCCCCUCCACGUCCGCCCUCGGCCACACCAACGGCUCGCCGCUGCCCGGGCGCAUCGCCUUCACCCGGGAGCGCGUGCCCGGCGCGCCCAGCUGCAAGAAGCCCCGGGUGCUGCGGCAGAAGUCGGACCACGGCGCCUUCAGCCAGAGCCCGGCCAUGAAGAAGCAGCUGGACCGCCACCUGCCCUCGCCGCCGGCGCUGGACAGCAUCAUCACCGAGUACCUCAGGGAGCAGCACGCGCGCUGCAAGAACCCCGUGGCCACGUGCCCGCCAUUCUCCCUCUUCACGCCGCACCAGUGCCCCGAGCCCAAGCAGCGGCGGCAGGCGCCCACUAACUUUACGUCGCGGCACACGCGGAGGGUCAUCUACCCCAAGUACGGCGGCGUGGACGGGGGCUGCUUCGACCGGCACCUGGUGUUCAGCAGGUUCCGACCCAUCUCGGUGUUCCGGCAGGCGGACGAGGACCAGAGCGGCUUCAUGUGCUGCGCCUUCUCGGCCCGGGAGCGCUUCCUGAUGCUGGGCACGUGCACGGGCCAGCUCAAGCUGUACAACGUGUUCACGGGCCAGGAGGAGGCCAGCUACAACUGUCACAACUCGGUCAUCACCAACCUGGAGCCCUCCCGGGACGGCUCUCUCUUGUUGACCUCGGCCUCAUGGAGCUACCCUCGCUCGGCACUCUGGGGGAUGAAGUCUGUGUUCAUCAUGAAACAUUCCUUCUCGAAUGACCAUUACGUGGAGUUCAGCAAGCUGUCUCAAGACCGAGUCAUCGGCACUAAGGAGCAUGUGGCACAUCUCUACGACAUCCAGACGGGCCAGAACAUCCUGACGCUCAACAACCCCGACCUGGCCAACAACUACAAGAGGAACUGCGCCACCUUCAACCCCACCGACGACCUGGUGCUCAACGACGGCGUGCUCUGGGACGUCCGCUCGGCCCAGGCCAUCCACAAGUUCGACAAGUUCAACAUGAACAUCAGCGGCGUCUUCCACCCCAACUGCCUGGAGGUGGUCAUCAACACGGAGAUCUGGGACCUCCGGACCUUCCACCUGCUCCACACAGUCCCAGCGCUAGACCAGUGCCGGAUAGUGUUCAACAACAACGGCACUGUCAUCUAUGGAGCCAUGUUGCAGGCGGAUGACGAGGACGAUAUAAUGGAGAUGCAGGUGAAAACGCCGUUCGGCUCCUCGUUCAGGACCUUCAAUGCCACCGACUACAAACCGAUCGCCACAAUUGAUGUGAAGAGGAAUAUAUUUGACCUUUGCACGGACACAAAGGACUGCUACUUGGCCGUGAUUGAGAACCAAGACUCUGUCAACACGGACACGGUGUGUAGGCUGUACGAGGUCGGGCGGCAGAGGCUGGCGGAGGAAGAGGAGGAGGACGAGGAAGAUCAGGAGGAAGACGACGACGACGACGACGACGACUCGGACGACGACGGCGACACGGACCCCCUGGUGGCUGAGCUGGAGAACGACGAGGAGGAGGACGGGGAGGAGGACGCCAACGACGAGUUCUCGCCCUCCGACGACGAGGAGGUGGCUCGACUUGUCGGGGACGGCGACGAGGAGGAAGAGGACGAGGACGAGGACGACUCCGACUUCGAUCAGGGAGGGGAGAACGACUCCGACCUGGAGGAUGACAUCAUGUUGUCCCUGAACGAGUGAUGAGGGACCCCCCCCCCCCCCCCCCCACCACUGGGACGGAGGUCCUCGGACAGAACGCCAGGCGGCGUAGGGACAGAAUGCCAGCACGUGUGGGACCGAACGCCAGGAUGUGUUUGGGGCCCUGAUUAAGCAGGAGGGGGGCGGGGUUUAUACCAAACGAAGGUUGAUGUCAAGUAUUAGCUGCCACUGAAACCCUGAUAGGUGUCUGCACUUCAAGAACUCUUCAAGACUUCUACAGAGAAGACCAGGGGCCAAGAUCAAAGAGAAAAACAAAAAAAUAUCAUCAUUCUGGGCAGUAACAUGGUUGGGUACAUGACACACUUUCAGUUUGGGAUGUGAAAUAGUCCAUUUGCAAAUACAUUGAGAAAAAAGUUGCACAUUUGUAUUCAACAUCAUUUUAUGUGGCAUCAGCACAGCUCUUUCAGGUGAGCAUUCAACGACUCGCAUUCGACUAGACCUUGUCUGUUUGAACACAGAUGGGUAGGGGUCAGUGACAUUGCCUUUUGUGUGCUAUCCUGUGAGAUUUACCACACGGUGUACUCGUGCGACAAUGCGUUAGCAAUGUCGUAAGAGUGGACUAGGUACCGUACUAGGUACUCAUACCUAGUCCACCUCUAGACUGAACUCCCACACCCAUAAGUUUGCCAUAAAAAAACGUUCAUUAAAAUGAACUGCACCUUGGUGCCACCCUGUAGCAAUAGCCUCUAGAUUUGUUUGUAAUUGAAAUAUAGUAACACACGUGCGGCUCUUUCUAAAACGUGCCAUCAGUUUUGACGCGUUGAGCGUUCAAAACAAUUCGCUCUAUUGUACCUGAAUCGUCAGAACCCUGACAUGUCAAGGCCUUAACUAUUUCUCUCCCAGUGUCAAACCAGAGCCCCCUUCAAAGUAGCCAUGUUUGAUUUGGAGUCAUUGGUCACAAUUCUUGAAUUACCCAAGGGCCUAGUGCCUUUGAGCAUCGGUCCUGUUUAACACACGCAUACAUAGGUCCCAGUUGGUACAUCCCUGGACUGAAGGUUUAGUAUGAACAUUUUUGGGGUGGGUCUACAGUUUGUUUGGUAUGAUAGGAAAGCACCUUUUCACAUAGUUCUGUUUUAGCUUUGAAUGCCUCGGGCCUUGUUUACUGGGUAUAAUAUAAUGGAGUGGUAUGGAUUGUUUGCGUUAUCCCUUUGGAUAGCUGAACUAUACAGGUGUGACAACAAAGGCUUUAAUUGCAAACUUUGAUUGAAUGUUGUUGACAUUUUUUUAGAUUGUUUCUGUACAGCUUGUAUGUAUCUAAAGUAUUUUUACAAUAAAUAAAAGGCAAACAUUAUCCGGUUGUCCAUCAGACUGUACUGUCUUAUUGUCUUCUCGUCAGUUUCCUUGGCAGCAUGUACCAUAUCUUAAUGCCACAUUUUACAUCAAUUGGCAUUUAGAUUUUCUUUGAUUCUCAUGAUUUUAGUUACAAUAACCA